GGUAGCGAGAGAGGGUGGUGGGAGACGCGAUUGAGGAGCUGAUCAGAGGAAACCCGUCGUCAUGUCUGGCAAAGGGCCGGCCAUCGGCAUCGACCUGGGCACCACGUACUCCUGCGUGGGGGUCUUCCAGCAUGGCAAAGUGGAGAUCAUUGCCAAUGACCAGGGCAACCGCACCACGCCCAGCUAUGUGGCCUUCACCGACACUGAGCGCCUCAUCGGGGAUGCUGCCAAGAACCAGGUGGCUAUGAACCCAACCAACACCAUCUUCGAUGCCAAGCGUCUCAUUGGCCGCAAGUAUGAUGACCCCACGGUGCAGGCUGACAUGAAGCACUGGCCCUUCCGUGUGGUGAAUGAGGGGGGUAAGCCCAAGGUGCAAGUGGAGUACAAGGGUGAGGUGAAGACUUUCUUCCCAGAGGAGAUCAGCUCUAUGGUUCUUACUAAGAUGAAGGAGAUUGCUGAGGCCUAUCUGGGACGCAAAGUGCAGAAUGCUGUCAUCACUGUGCCUGCCUACUUCAAUGACUCCCAGCGCCAGGCCACCAAAGAUGCUGGCACCAUCACUGGCCUCAAUGUGAUGCGUAUUAUCAACGAGCCCACAGCAGCUGCCAUAGCCUAUGGCUUGGACAAGAAAGGUACGCGGGCUGGGGAGAAAAAUGUGCUCAUCUUUGACCUGGGAGGGGGCACUUUUGAUGUGUCCAUCCUUACCAUUGAGGAUGGCAUCUUUGAGGUGAAGUCCACAGCUGGUGACACCCAUCUCGGUGGGGAGGACUUUGACAACCGCAUGGUGAACCAUUUUGUGGAAGAAUUCAAGCGCAAGCACAAGCGCGACAUUGCUGGCAACAAGCGAGCGGUGAGGCGACUGCGUACGGCUUGUGAGAGGGCGAAGCGUACUCUCAGCUCUUCCACGCAAGCUAGCAUUGAGAUUGACUCCCUCUACGAGGGCAUUGACUUCUACACUUCCAUUACUCGUGCCCGCUUUGAGGAGCUCAAUGCUGAUCUCUUCCGUGGCACCCUGGAGCCAGUGGAGAAGGCCCUGCGUGAUGCCAAGCUAGACAAGGGCCAGAUCCAAGAGAUCGUGCUGGUGGGUGGCUCUACUCGUAUCCCCAAGAUCCAAAAGCUGUUACAGGACUUCUUCAAUGGCAAAGAGCUCAAUAAGAGCAUCAAUCCUGAUGAGGCUGUUGCUUACGGUGCUGCUGUGCAAGCAGCUAUCCUUAUGGGUGACAAGUCUGAGAAUGUGCAGGAUCUGCUGCUGUUGGAUGUCACCCCUCUGUCCCUGGGGAUCGAGACAGCUGGUGGAGUGAUGACCGCUCUCAUCAAGCGCAACACCACCAUUCCUACCAAACAAACUCAGACCUUCACCACCUACUCGGACAACCAGAGCAGCGUCCUGGUCCAGGUGUACGAGGGUGAGAGGGCUAUGACGAAGGACAACAACUUGCUGGGCAAGUUUGACCUAACGGGCAUCCCCCCGGCACCUCGUGGAGUCCCCCAGAUCGAGGUCACUUUUGACAUCGAUGCCAAUGGUAUCCUGAACGUCAGUGCUGUCGACAAGAGCACGGGUAAGGAGAACAAGAUCACCAUCACCAACGACAAGGGUCGCCUUAGCAAGGAUGACAUCGACCGCAUGGUGCAAGAAGCAGAGAAAUACAAAGCGGAGGAUGAAGCUAAUCGAGAUCGGGUGUCAGCCAAGAACUCCCUCGAGUCCUACACUUACAACAUGAAGCAGACAGUGGAGGAUGAAAAACUGAAGGGAAAGAUCAGUGACCAGGACAAGCAGAGAGUGCUCGACAAGUGUCAGGAGGUGGUCUCUUGGCUCGAUCGCAACCAGAUGGCUGAGAAGGAAGAGUACGAGCACAAGCAGAAAGAGCUGGAGAAACUCUGCAACCCGAUAGUCACAAAAUUGUACCAGGGAGCUGGAGGGGCUGGGGCAGGUGGCUCUGGUGGCCCGACCAUCGAAGAAGUAGAUUAAAGAGGACUGAAGUAUAGACUGGUUUAUGGACAGUCACUCCAUUCUUUGCUUUCUAUUUUUUUUUUCUAACGUUUAAGGAAAACGUCCUUGCCGAUAACAGAGUUUAUUCUGUUGGGUGUGUAUAAAGGCAGAUCUGUCAGCUUGGUUUUGAUAAAAGGGAAGGCACGUCCUGCUUUAUAAGGUUAGUAAUAGACAAGUUUUGUUAAUUCAGACACAGCUGUUUGUACUCUGGAUGUUUGUUCAAGUGUCUCUUCUAAAGUAACCACUUGACUGCUGCAGUUGACAAGUUUCAAGUUAUGCAUGAAAAUCUUUAUGGAAGAUUAAAAAAAAAAUGCCAAAUUUGGCUUCUGGAAAUUUUGGUAAUAAAUAAAACUUUAAAGCAAAA